UAAAUACGCAUUCAUCUUAAUAAUCUCUCUUCCUAUCUUUUUCCAAAUAAGUUAAUAUAUUCUUAUUUUAAUCAAAUUUAUAACUACUUGUUUUGUUUAUAACAUGUUUUAUCCAAUUUGAAAGAAUUAAAUCUCAGAGAUUGUGAGAACUUGAUUGAAAUGCCAAAUUUGACAAAAGCCCCAAAACUUGAGAAAAUAAACUUUACAAAAUGUAAAAAAUUGUCUGAUGUCCAUCCAUCCAUCAAAGUGCUCAAACAACUACAAGAAUUAAGAAUGUCUUGCACAAGAAUCAAACAACUAAGGACAGAGUUGAUGGUUUUUGAAAAUUUGAAGACAUUUGAUCUGAGUGCUUGUGGGAACUUGAUUAAAAUACCAGAUUUGAGUGGAGCUCCAAAUCUUGAAAAAAUAGACUUUUCAUACUGUAGAAACUUGGGUAAAUUCCACUCAUCCAUCAAAGUGCUCAAACGACUACAAGAAUUAAGAAUGUCUAACACCCAAAUCAAACAACUAUGGAAGGGGUUGGUGGUUUUACCCAAUUUGAAGGAAUUAGAUCUGAAUUAUUGUGAGAACUUGAUUGAAAUACCAGAUUUAAGUGGAGCCCCAAAUCUUGAGAAAAUAGACUUUUCAUAUUGUGGAAGCUUGUGUAAGGUCCACCCAUCCAUCAAAGUGCUCAAACGACUACAAAAAUUAAAAAUGUGUGGCACCCGAAUCAAACAACUAUGGAAGGGGUGGGUGGUUUUACCCAAUUUGAAGGAAUUAGAUCUGAUGUGUUGUGAGAACUUGAUUGAAAUGCCAGAUUUGAGUGGAGCCCCAAAUCUUGAGAAAAUAGAAUUUUCAUACUGUGAAAGCUUGUGUAAAUUCCACUCAUCCAUCAAAGGGCUCAAACGACUACAAGAAUUAGAAAUGUCUGGCACCCAAAUCAAACAACCAUGGAAGGGGUUGGUGGUUUUUGACAAUUUGAAAGAAUUAGAUCUGAGUUGUUGUGAGAACUUGAUUGAAACACCAGAUUUGAGUGGAGUUCCAAAUCUUGAAAAAAUAGACUUUUCAUACUGUGAAAGCUUGUAUAAAUUCCACUCAUCCAUCAAAGGGCUCAAACGACUACAAGAAUUAAGAAUGUCUUGCACCCGAAUCAAACAACUAUGGAAGGGGUUGGCGGUUUUACCCAAUUUGAAGGAAUUAGAUCUGAGCUUUUCUGAGAACUUGAUUGAAAUACCAGAUUUGAGUGAAGCCCCAAAUCUUGAGAAAAUAGACUUUUCAUACUUUAGAAGCUUGUGUAAAUUCCACUCAUCCAUCAAAGUGCUCAAACGACUACAAGAAUUAAGAAUGUCUGGCACCCAAAUGCUCAAUCGACCUCGGAUCUGGGUUUCGCAGUCACGUUCUCAAUCAAAAAAUCGUUGGUUUCUCCCACUGUCACUUCUCGCCAUCCGUCGUCAGUUGAAAAAUCAUUAGCUUUUUCCUUCGCAAAAUCUUGAAGGGUGAAUUAUUCGUGAUACAUGGUGCCGCUUCGUUCAUGCCAAAAAUGAAAACCUUUUCAAUUCCCAAAACAUGUUCUCUCGUUCCUUUCAACUCUCUAGCCUUAUAAAUUAGCCGUGACUGAUCCUUGUCCUUUCCACAGAGUACUUUGGAUUUGGAACCCUUGCAUCAAAAUACCCUAUCCAAAGUCUUUCUAGAUCUAAAUCAUACCCCAUAAACCAAUAACUGAAAACGCAAAAAUUAAGGAAGAUGGUGGGUUUUAUUUUGCAACCUAUACUAGACUUGCUGGUUGCUGGGAUUUCUUUGGUCACCGGGAUGGGGAUUUUCGCCUGCAUUGCUUCCAUUCCUUGCUCUGCUGCUUUCUUGCACAAUGCUAGGCUCGCCCAUUAAUCCCACGCACUGUCGAACUCAAGAUUCAUAUCCUCCUUCGAUUACCCAAAUUCGACUUCAUCUCCACAAAAUUGUCUUCAGUUAUUAUUUUCAUUGGUCAUUAUUAUAUGUGCCAUUAU